AUGCGCAAAAUAGCUUUUGAUGUGAUGGGCAAUGACCACGGGGUGCGGCCGGCCGCAGAAGCCGUGGUCGAAUUUGUCCAACACAACCUUGACUACUACUUUUACCUAGUUGGCGAUCGCAAAGAGAUUGAUAAGUACGUCAAAGAUAACGAACGCAUCAAAAUCGUCGAUGUUCCGCUCAGCGUCAGCGGUCAAGCGAACGUUCGACAGGUGCGCCGCCAAAAAACGUCGAUGCAAGUAGCGAUUGAGUUAGUCAAAAGCGGCGCGGCCGACGCGGUGAUUUCACCGGGUAACUCGGGCGUUUAUCUCAGUUCUUUGACGCUGAGCCUUAAACGCAUCCCCGGUUUGAAACGGCCGGCUUUCAUGCCGAUCAUUCCAACUGUUAACGCGGGCCAGUUUUUUGUCAUGCUUGACGUAGGCGCUAACAGCGUGGCGACUAGCGAAAUGCUUGAGCAGUGGGCUAAGAUGGGGUCUGUUUUUGCCAAAACGAUCUUGGCGAUUGAAAACCCCCGGGUGGCGGUGCUUAACAUUGGCACCGAGCCGACCAAGGGAACCGAGCUUCACCAGGCCGUUAACCAAAGUCUAAAAAAAAUGCCUCGUCUCAACUACGUCGGGUUCGUGGAACCGCGCGACAUUUUAAACGGUCAAGUUGACGUGGUGGUUUGCGAUGGCUACGGGGGAAACCUAGUUUUAAAAGCGAUGGAAGGAACCGCGCUGGCUUUUAAAAAGGUUUUGAAAAACGAGCUCAAAAGUCGUCUGAGUUCUCAGAUCGGCGGACUGCUAGUUCGGAAAGCAUUCAAAAGAGUGGAGCAAAAGUUUGACUACCGCAACGUUGGUUCAGCCUGGGUGAUCGGCGUUAAUGGCUUAGCCGUCAAAACCCACGGCAAUUCCGAUAAGCAAGCCUACUUAAGCGCGCUCAGUCGUUUGGCCCGCGCGCUGGAAGAAGAUUACCUGGCUAAGUUUGGCGGGGUGUUUGCUUAA